CGCUUUGUGGCCCUGUGCCAAGCCCUUAUGUCUUUAUAUAGUGUAAAGAGAUGAGCGGACAGUCCUGAGUGUGUAUCGCAUUCACACUGCAGCUCCUCUGCUCCUUCUGCCUCUCCUCAGGACCCUCAAAGUCCACUACUGAUCCACUUCUUUAUGUGCGCCUAUCUUCACCCGGCUGCGAACACCAUGGUCUCCGUCAGACUGCUGCUCUCUGUGUGCGUGUGGCUUCUGUUUGGGAGCCACUCCACACAGGCGACCUACUACCGCCACCACCGCUAUAUCCCCAUCUAUUACCGCUACCGGGAGCACUCUGCCAACACUGAAAACCUCCUCCCCGAGGCAUCUAACCCCGCGCCUCGAGUGCCCACUUACCCUCGGGUCCCAGAGGUCUUCCACCCUGCACCUGAGCCCAUCCACCCCAUCCCAGAGGCGUUUAACCCCGUACCUGAAGUGGUGCAUCCCGCUGCACCUGAGCCUUACCGCCCACCUGAGAUCCCCCAGCCGGCACCUCCAGCUCUCUCUCCCAUCAGUAUGAGCCGAGUGUUCCAUGGGAUCAUGUUUGACGCUGGGAGCACAGGCACCAGAAUCCACAUCUAUAAGUUCAUCCAAAAGGACCCGGUGGAGUUGCCGGUCCUGGACAAUGAGAUGUUCCAUGCUGUAAAACCUGGCCUGUCUUCUUACAAAGAUAACCCUGAGGAGGGCGGCAACACCAUUCGCCAGCUGCUGAAAAUAGCCAAAAAGACAGUUCCAGAGGAAGAUUGGAGGAGGACCCCAGUGGUGCUGAGGGCCACUGCGGGGCUGCGCCUGCUGCCCCAGGAACAAGCCAGCCGCCUUCUGAAAGAGGUGAAAGAAGUAUUUGACGAGUCUCCAUUCUUUGUACCUAACAACAGUGUUUCCAUUAUGCCUGGAACAAAUGAAGGAGUCCUUGCCUGGGUCACAGUGAACUUCCUCACAGGGCACCUGUAUUCCAAUACUCGAAGGACAGUGGGCAUCUUGGACUUGGGUGGAGGAUCAACACAGAUCACUUUCCUUCCAAAGUCAAAGAAAACAAUCCAGUCUGCUCCCUCAUCUUACAUUGCUAAUUUUAACCUGUUCAACCACACCUAUCAGCUGUACACGCAUAGUUAUUUGGGAAAUGGACUGGUUGCUGCUCGCCUGUCUGCUGUGGGAGCUUUAGGAGCAGAUGGUGUGGAUUGGAAAGUCUUCACUAGUCCCUGUCUUCCAAAAAGAGUCAGAGAAGAAUUAAAUUUUUCAGGAACCACCUACAAAGUUAGCGGGAUUCCAGACGGCUAUGCUGGCUAUAAGCUGUGCUACUAUGAAAUGAUGAGGGUUAUCAAAGGCAUAGUGCACCAGCCCUAUGAACUGAAAGGCAGCAGCCUCUUCUAUGCCUUCUCCCACUACUUCGACAGAGCAAAUGAAUCCGGCCUCAUCGAUAGCAGAGGUGGAACUGUGGAAGUCAGAGAUUUCAAGAAGAAGGCCAAAGAAGUGUGCAACAAGAUGUCAAAAUACCGUACCAUCAGCCCAUUCCUCUGUAUGGAUCUAACAUACAUCACUUGUCUUUUAAAAGAAGGCUUUGGCUUUAAGGACAACACAAAGCUACAUCUCGCCAAGAAAGUUAACAAUGUGGAAACAAGUUGGGCUCUUGGGGCCACCUUUGAUUACUUUAGAAACCUGAACAUCCACUAAAGCCCACGGCUGUGACUGCAGCUGGCACUGAGAGGGACCCUCACUGGGGCUACCUCCGCCCUCCUCCACCAGAUGUCCCACCAUACACAGCCUCACAUGUCCAAGAACUGUUGAAGAGAAAUCGCUAUAUUUUUUAUAAUGCCAGCUGUUUCUACUGUACCAGAACCAUUGGGUUUAUUUGAAAAUAUUUUUGUAAAACGUUUACAUUAAUGAUUUCUCUUAGAUGUUUGAACAUGAAAUGCUAUUCACAUGCCUGUGUGGUCCUAGUUUAGGAUCGGUACAGUCAGGGUGACAUUCUGGUUGAUUUCUGUGGUUUGGUGUGCAAAGAUAAAUGCAGUAAAAUUUGUUAAAAUGCCAGAUACUGAGAGGGAGCCAACGUUUUUACAAGUCAUUUAUCUUUGAGGGCAUGGCAGGAAUCAUUAGAUAAUACAAACUAAAAUCUUAAACUUUGCACAAAACACUUUUAUCACAGAAUGUUUUUGAGACACAAAGUUACAGAGUUGUUCGAUUUUAAAGAGCUUCACCAUGACGCUUCCUCACAGAACAAUUUCUUCUAUGCUUCAAAGCUUGUAUUUUGAAGUAAGGCCAGUUUACUUUGUUUGGUCUAGAAGGAAGCACUCCUCUUCACAGUUGUUAUGUUGUAGUGCCUUUAACUACCAUGUUUUAAGCCAGAGAAAUUAAGAGGAAAUGGCAAAUGAUGCACAUUUUAAAGGCUUUCUUGGUGUGCAUAGUUGCACCUGGUUUUGUUAAAGAGUUAUGAAACUAUAUUAUGAACUGUACACAUGUUAAAUAACUGAAAUGACUUAAACUAGAAUAUACCUUCUUGUGCAGCUGCCUCUCCUUCGCCGUCUUUUCAGUAUUUCACACCCUAAUAACUACUGCUGUAUAUACUUAAUGUAUUUGUAAAAUAUAAUGACUUGACAAGAAUGGCUUUUGCAUUCCUCAACAAAUGGCUUUUUCAUAAACUAACAUUUUUAAAUUCAGAUGUGUACAUUAUACAUCUUUGUUUUAAUA